AUGGCAGAUGACAAGAGUCCGAGCCCGAACCAGGGCCUUGUAGUUGAAACUCAGUCUCCGCCAAGAGAAGAUCCUUUGGAAGUUGACGAAGAGGAAACUCAAGAUAAUGAUUCCACAUACAAUCUGUCGGAGGGGUCAGCCAGCCAGACGUCGUCAAUCAACUCCAGCAUUCUCAACUACAGAUACGUGAACGGCCGCCGCUAUCAUGCUUUUCGUGAAGGUGCCUACUUCGUGCCCAACGAUGAAGAAGAGCAAACGCGAAUGGACUUGGUACAUCACAUUUACUCUCUGAUGCUAGACGGUACUUUAUUCUUGGCGCCCAUUGGUGACCAUCCUCAGCGUGUUCUAGAUCUGGGAACUGGCACUGGUAUCUGGGCGAUAGACUUCGCAGAUGGUAUGGCAACUAUCCUCGUGACGCCACCAAAUUGUCGAUUUGAAGUAGACGAUUUCGAGGCCGAAUGGCUUUAUCACACGCCCUUCGACUUCAUCCACGCACGAGAGCUGGAAGGCUGCAUUAGCGAUGACAACCGGUUCUUCCAGCAAGCCUUACAACACCUAGCUCCUGGCGGUUACAUCGAAAUGCAGGCAGUCGCGGCACCGUUUUUAUCAGAUGAUGGUACGGACGAAAAGGCUGUCAAUGCCCAGCUAUGGUUGAAGACCCUGUGUGAGGGAUCUGCCAAGUUCGGCAAACCAAUUAAUUGUGCUCCUUUGUGGAAGGAUAAGCUGAUAGCUGCUGGCUUUGAGAACGUACGGGAAGAGAUACGCAAGAUGCCACUCGGGUCAUGGCCCAAAGACCCGAAGCUCAAGGAAAUUGGCAAAUAUCAGUCCAUCCAAGAGGCUCAGGCCAUUGAAUCAUACACACCGCAGAUCUUCUCGGCCGUUCUUGGAUGGUCGCAGGAGGAAAUACAGGUUUUUAUGGCGAAGGUUAAGAAUGAGAUCAAGGAUCCUUCGAUUCACCUUUAUCUCCCUGUUCAUUUCCUUUGGGGAAGAAAACCUGCGUCUUAA